UAUAACUUAAUGGGCCAAGCCCAGAAUUACAAACAAAGGCCCAAGGCCUACCAAAACGAAACCCUAGAGAGAAACUAAAACGGCGCCGCCGUUCGCUCACGGCGUGCCCCCGCUUCCAGCCACCACCGGUGAUCAACCCAGCGAUCCACCGGCAGAACCGACACUCACUGACUUCCAAACUUCAACGCCGCAAACGCUUCCAACCGCGAGUUCCCAAUAGUGGAGAGAGUCAAUCGGUAAUCCGAGAUCUCAUCCGUCUCCUUUCGUCGCCGGAACUGGGAGGAAGCUUCGCCGGCACAACCAAACCUUCAACAUCGGAUAGCUUCGAUCGUCUUCCGACGAGAACUCCUCCAACUAGACCAAACCGAAACCGCAAAAACCAAGGAUAAAAAACAAACCCUAACAACCCUAGGAGACUAAAAGCCGGCGGCGCAAGGCAAAGAACACCUUCACCCCCCGGAAACUGGAGCCGGCGAAAGCGGAGCUAACGAAGCCUCCGCCUCCCGGAAACUAGACCGGCGGCAGUGGAUCUGUAGAAGCCUCCACCUCCCGGGAAAACCUAAUCUGACAAACCGACCUCACCCCACCUCACCCUUAACCCAGUCGCGUCGUUACUCCAGCCACCGCGCCACCACGUGUGUCUGUUCACUCCCCGAGUUGACCACCCCGGAUGGGAACUGGACAGAGCUCCGACAAAACGAACAGGAAGAGAAGGUGAAAAAGAAGCCGGGGAACGUUUUUAACCAAAAGAAAAUGGACUCCGGCGACGGCACGGACGCUCACGCGCCGGCCGUACGCCGGGUCCAAAACCCAGAUCUGCUUUCUCUCUCUGUUCUCCACCAAGUGUUUCUCUCUUCACUGCCUAAAUUAACUUGCCAUUUUUGUGGUCACUAUGUCAACAAUGUUUCUUUAAGCCACUUAUGGUAAUCUAACUUAAAUUAAUUACAAUCUUAUCUUAAUCCUACACAAAUGAAAUCAACUUUCCAGUAUUUGUCAAAAGUUGAACAAGAUAAAAAGUGCAAGCAUUGAAGCUUUAAAAACUUUUUGAAUGAAAAAUAGUAUUGGUUCCAAUCUUAAAUUUUCAUUCUAAUUGUAGUUGAAGCUUUGAAGAUGAAACAAGACUUCAAAAAAAUCGGUUAAAAGUGAUACAUUUUCUUAGUAUAUGCUUUGAAUGUUAACAAACACAUAUUAUCAAAUAACUAGAGAUCAACUUACAAAAAUACAAAACUGGAACAUACUCAUUCUUAAUUCUUGAUUAUUUUAGUAAACAUAUAUUUCGAAUGUGUAUAAUUGCAAGAACUAUCAUCUUUGUCACGUCCAAUAUUUGAAUAUAGAAAACAAAUCUCCAUAACUAGAAUACUUUUUUUUGUAUUUUGAUGAUAAACUAAAUUUCGUCGCAUUUCAUCUUAAUUGGUAUUUAUAUAAGUUUAUUCGUACACAUAAAAACAUAUCAUCUAAUUAAUUAAGAUUGCAAAAAUAUUUAAAAUGAUUUUGAUCCAACAAUAAUUCAAUGUUAUAGGUCCUUCAUCUACGGACGUCCCUCUCUUAUGGAUUGGCCAAUGACUAAUGGCUAUUCUUGUCAAAUUAUAAGUCGCACACAAACAAAAGAUAUCCUCUUGUGGUUUCUUUCUUCUCAACGCUAUUUUUUCGUUUGUGUGUGAUUUAUUCGGUUUAUCCUUGGUUCAAGCUGAUCAUCCUCAACAUAUCAACCUUGUAAUUAAAUGGAGGAUGAUAUAGUAGUACCCUUAAACGUUCAUUGUUGAUCCUUCUUCAUCUUUGAGAUCAAUAAUGCCUGUGCCAGAUCCACAGGCGGGGAGGGCAUUCAUCUGUCUCAUUACCUUGUUUCUUUUCUUGUCCAUAGCUGUCGGAGGCGGUUGUCUGAUUGCAUACACAAUCCUACCUUACCCUCCAAUAUGGCUCUCUUACCUUGGCAUUUUCUUUGUUUGUCUCCCUUGGUUCUUUUGGAUUCUAACCUUUGUAUACCGCAUCAUUUCACGCACUUUUGGAUUUAGGAUGGUCAUUGGAUCCGGUGGUAAUGAUAACACCGCGAACAGAGAGACCAUGCCAUCUGAUCUUGACCCUCCCGAAAAAUCAUUAGAGCCUCUUGAUAAUGAUGAUCCAGAGGAUAUAGCUCAUCCACAAGGCCAAGUUCUAGUGUCCAUGGAAGGGAACCAAUCAAAGAAACGAAUGUCAACCUCAAGUGUUGGUUCACAUGAAAGUGAGAUGCCAUUAGCCAUUUCUAUGGCCUCAUGAUCAUAAAUAUUUUGAUACAAAAUGUGAUAUUGCCAUAGACAACAUGAAGGAGAUACUAACCAGAUUCGUAGCCUCUUGAAGAUAUGGGAAUUUUUGUUGUUUUUAGAUUUUAUAGGGUAGAUAAACAAUUGGUAUUUAUGUAACUAUAUUGUAUAUAUCUGUAACUAGUUUGGUAAUGUAAUUCUGUUGCGAAGCCUUCGAUUUUAGGGCUGAGAGUUGGAGUUUUUUUAACUUGACAAACAAGCCAAUAUAUUUGAAUGUUGAGUACUAAAUGCUGGCAUCUGCAAAUCGGUUAGUUAAUGAUCACAUGAUGAUAACAAGAAGAAAACAACAAGUUUCUUCCGGUGCAUCCGUUGAAAUUGGAACAAUACAAAUAAGAUUAGCAUAGCCUCUCUGCAAAGAUGACAUUUACAAAAAUCGAAAAUGGUCAACAAAGAUUCAAAAGACAAAUCCCUUAUAUAUUAAUUGAGAAACAUUACAACCUUUAAGUGUAGCCACGUGUCAUCACCAAAAUGAAAUUCAGAAUCCUUAGAAAAUAUGUUGGUCUAAUUAAGUAUAUAUUAUACUUUUCAUUAAACUAAUCAUACAAUUAAUUAAAGUGUACAAUUACUAUUUUAUUUUCUUUCCUUAAAUAAAACCUACGGAAUUACCAAAUAUGACUAAUAUAUAUAUGACAAUUAAUGAUUCUAAUAAUAAAGAUUUGAUAGCAAUUUAUAUCCCAUCCAUUGCUUUUGUUUAAUUUUAUAUUAUUAAAAUAAAUUAAACAAUCAAAUUAGCUAUGAAAUUAAAAUAUAGAUUUUUUCGUAUAUGUUAUAUUUUGAAUUUUUAAAAAUGACAAAAUUACUAAAACUGUUAAAAUUAUUAUGU